CGACCACCAUAACGUGUCGCGCCCCUCGUGCCAAAGCACAAAACCCGCCAUGGAGAACGACGUUGCCCAUAUGCACGAGCCAACGCCCACGGACUUUUACCGGCGCACAAAGCCAUGAAUAUAUGCCUGUGGCAACUCCUCCGCAAAGCCUCCUCAGCUCAGCUGCAGCAGAGCAGAGCACAGCAGAGAGGACGCCAUUGCAGCCAGGGCAAGCACAAAGACAGCUCGAAAACUUGGCACACACAUAGCUGAGCUAGCUCAAGGUGUCCAUCGAAAGCAAGGCACCCUCGUGAAGCCCCCGGCGUCGAUCUCGGGACCUACAAAUACCCGGCGGCAUCAAGCUCUUCCAUCUCAUCAAGCACUUGUGCAAUCUUGAUCUGAUCGGUCGUGUGAGUGUCUAGCUAGGGAUUGAGUUUGGUUUUGCAGCUGGCCAUGGCGAAGGGUGGUGGUUACGGGCUUGGGCUCGCGUGCUUCGCUCUUGUGGCGGCAGUGGCCGGCGCGGCGCAGUUCAAGGUCGGCGGCGACAACGGGUGGAGCGUGGCCGGCGCCAGCGCGGAGUCGUACAACACUUGGGCGAUGAAGAACAGGUUCCAGGUCGGAGAUACGCUAGUGUUCGUGUACCCCAAGGACAAGGACUCUGUGCUGCUGGUGCAGCCGGCGGACUACAACGCCUGCAACACAUCGUCCUACGACAAGAAGUUCGCCGACGGCAACACCGUCUUCGCCCUGGACCGCGCCGGCGCCUUCUUUUUCGUCAGCGGCGUCGAGGCCAACUGCCGCACAAACGAGAAGCUCAUCGUCAUGGUCCUCGCCAGCCGCAACGGCACAGGCACCGGCGGAGCGCCGCCGCCUUCGUCGCCCGCCGCUCCGGCACCGGCAGCGUCAUCUCCACCUCCGGCCGCUUCCAGCCCACCUCCGGCCACGCCACCCUCACCACUCCCCGCGGCGCCCAGUCCCACCUCGGCUCCUCCUCCGGCCUCCGCUUCCGCCCCGCCACCGGCCUCUUCCCCUGCAGCUGCUCCUCCGACCUCGUCGCCAACUGCUCCGGCGUCCCCGCCUCUGCCCACUCCGUCGUCCCCGACCGGCGCCCCGCCGAUGACGCCCUCAGCGAACGCUCCAGCCGGCGCAGAUGGAGGAAGUACGAACUCAACGGGCACGUCAUCGUCCCCGCCUCCCGCGGGCUCCAACGACCGGAACGGCGCCGCGCUCACGGUUACCGGCGCAGCGGGUCUCGCCGGCUCGGCAGUGGCCUGCAUCGUCGGCUACGCCAUGCUCGCUGUGUGAAGCGUGACCGGAGAAGGACGACUACUACAGUACUAUAGUAACUACUAGCUAAGAGUCUAAAAUGCGUGAUCUGUGUCUGCAUCGACUAUGGAUUGACCUCUUUGUAAGUAAUAAUCAUUUUCCAUCGGAUGAAAUAAGAAAGAAACGACGAGAUUCUUGAGAAA